CUUGAAAGUCGCCGGUGCUGGAGCUUGUUACUUAAUGAAGCUUUCACAGAAUAAUAUAGUAAGCCUAAACUUGAUGAAUUAUCAGCAUUAUCAGCUAACGUUACAUUUCAGGUUACUUCCGGACAUUAGCUUAAAGUGAAAAAGGUAAAAAUAAUGAUUUUGUCAAGGACACAUCCUGUUUCAGUGUCAGUCUGUGAAAUCAGACACACCAGAAACAGCACAUGAAACGUUUGGUGUUAGUAUAUUUUAAUGAUGCUGUCAUCCAUUUAUCGUGGGAUAUGGAGAGCUGCUGUCCACACGCUUACGACAAGCAGAGGAACACCUUACAGAUUCCUCUCCACUUCUGAUAGACUCCCACUGGCUGAUGCUGAGUCCAUCUUUGCAUUAUCAUCAGGUCAUGGCAGGUGUGGGGUCGCUGUGGUACGAGCCAGUGGUCCAGCUUCAGCUACAGCUCUGAAGUGUAUGACUGGUCUCACACACAGUCUGCCGCCUCCACGCACCGCCAUGUUACGCAACAUCACAGACCCCCAAACCAAAGAAGUGCUGGACCGUGGACUUGUUCUGUGGUUCCCAGCUCCUCACAGUUUCACCGGAGAGGACAGUGUGGAGUUCCAUAUCCACGGAGGUCCUGCUGUCAUUACUGGUGUCUUACAGGCUCUAGGAAGCGUGCCUGGCAUGAGGCCUGCUGAUGCUGGAGAGUUCACGCGGAGGGCCUUUCAAGCAGGGAAGCUGGGUUUAACAGAGGUGGAGGGGCUUGGGGAUCUGAUCCAUGCUGAGACAGAGGCCCAGAGGAGACAGGCUCUCAGGCAGAUGUCAGGAGAGCUGGGACGGCUUUAUCAGGACUGGAGCCACAGACUGAAACGGUGUCUGGCUCAUGUUGAGGCCUUCAUAGACUUCAGUGAGGAUGAGCUCAUUGAGGAUGGGGUCUUAAACCAAGUGGACAGGUCGGUGUGUGAUCUGCAAACACAAAUUGAGUGCCACCUAAAGGAUGAGAGGCGGGGUGAGCGGCUACGCAGCGGAGUCCUGGUGGUUAUCGCAGGGGCCACCAAUGCAGGGAAAAGUAGCCUCCUCAACACACUCUGCCAAAGACCUGCAGCCAUUGUGUCCCCCAUUGCUGGCACCACCAGGGACGUAGUAGAGAUGGCACUUGACAUCGGUGGGUUUCCUGUCCUCUUGAGUGACACAGCCGGCCUCAGAGAGAGCCCCGACCUGGUGGAGAGAGAGGGGGUACGCCGAGCUCGAGAAAGAGUGGAACAGGCAGAUCUGACCCUGGUGGUUGUGGACUCUUCUCAUCUCCCCUCUGAUGCACAGAAAGCUGCAGCCUUCCUUCAGGAGUACCUCGGGAGUGUCCUGCCCACUGUGGAGCAGCCAGAGACAGUGUUUCCUGCAGACAGAUUUCUCCUAGUGCUGAAUAAAACUGACCUGUUGCCUCAGGAGCAGAAGCUGAAGCUGGACAGGCAGCUGAGACAGGUCUCAGGACUCCCUCCUGUUUGUUUCAUCUCUUGCCACACUAAUGAAGGACUGCAGGACUUCCUAGCAGUCCUUCACAGCAGUGUCAAGACUCUGUGUGGAGACCCUUUGUCUGGUGCCCCUAGCCUGACCCAGGCUCGCCACAGGGCCCACCUGCAGCAGUGUGUUUCGGCCCUGGCUCAGUACCAGCGGUACCGCGACAUCGACCUCGCUCUGGCAGCCGAGGGUGUUCGUUUGGCUCUCACCAGCUUGGGCCGGAUCACUGGACGUGUUGGGGCAGAGGAGAUCCUGGAUAUCAUCUUCAAAGACUUUUGCAUUGGAAAGUAGUCAGAUGAGUAAAAACAUGAAAUACAUGUAAUAUCAGUCUGCUCAGAGCGGAAGUCUGCAUUCUUGUUUGGUCCCAGAGUAUCAGUUAAGAAAACAAGAAAAAAAGGGCAACGCCUCGGCAUAAUGCCAGGCUUCGAGGCGCAGCAAGAGUAAAAAGAAGAAAAUUCAUGUUCUUGGCUGCAGGAUCACUCUGCUCCCAAGACACAUUAAUCUUUGUUUUCCAUAGAUGCUCUUUGAGAGCCUGAAAUAUUUUUAACGUGAUGACAGGUGCCUCAAAAGCCCCGUUUGCUAGACAAGUGUUUGGCAAGUCUUGAGUCGUAAUUUAAAAAUAGCUUCUGAAAGCCUUUGAUAGGUGAACAUUGGGCUCUUGGGUCCCAACAUAACAGCCAAGAUCAUUUAAAAUACAGCCAGCUGCAGACCUCUGCAAGGUCAUGGACCCAUAGUUUGGAUGUUUACUUGUACUGCAGGACAAUGAAUAAUUUUCCUUUUUGGGAGCAGAUAUUUCAGCUGCACCCCUCGGUGUUUGUCUGAAUGCUAGAAUGCUUCACGAAUCAGUUAAGAUGCAGUUACAGUUAAAUCUAUGUCUGUUGAGACUCAUGUGAUGUUUUGUUUUUCUAAGUGUUUUUGCAGAACAUUAAGAUGUCACAGUAAAGCUUACCUUUGAACUUUUGGAUAUAAAAUGUCUUCACAUUAUAUUCCUUUAGACAUUUGUGUGAAAUUGAGUUAUGGCCAAAAACAUUUUUAGUCAGGUCAGAGUGACCUUGAUCUUGUGCAUCAAAAUCUAAUCAGUCUUUUGUUGUGUCCAAGUGGGCAAUUGUGCCAAAUUUGAAGAAAUUCCCUCACAGUUUUCUUGAGAUAUCACAUUCAUGCAUAUGAGAUGGAGGUCACAGUGACCUUGACCUUUGACCUUUAACACCUAAAAACUAAUCAGUUCAUUGUCAAGUCCAACAUUGAGUUGAACUCGACAAUGACUAGCUUUGAUUCCAGCCCUGAGACAUUUUUUACAUGUCAAACCCCGCUCUUUCUCUGUCCCCAAUUUCUGCACCAUACUCUGUCAAAUUAAGGAAAAAGUGCCACAAACAAUUAUUUUUUAAAACCAAAAAAAGUGUUAUUUGCCUAUUUACACACCCAUCCGACAGGGAACAAUAUUACCAUUAUGUUUCUGUUUAUUGUGUUCUUACAUGUUAUUACAUAUUUGAAGGUGCAUCAGGUUGUUACUGUAAUUAAAAAGAAUGUAAGGCUUUAAAAAAGCAGGGUGUUUACAAGACCUUAAAAAGUUUUAAAAUGUAUUCGAUUCAGACUUAGACUUAG